UCCCCAGUCCCCACACACAUAUAUAUCAGGUUUACAGUAGUGAAUACUCCUAUAUAUCUUUCUCUCAAGUUUAGUUUGAAGAAGAAAAUGGAGGAGGGGUUGUUGAAGAAAUACGAAGAAGAAGAUUGUCCAGGUUGCAAAGUUGAACAGUUAAAACGAUCAAACACUGGCAUCCCUGUUAAACCUGUCCUCUUCAUCUCUGUCGUUACAUUAUGUGCAUCUUUGCCGAUAUCAUCUCUCUUCCCUUUCCUCUAUUUUAUGGUAAGAGAUUUUCACAUUGCAGAAAGGGAGGAAGAUAUUAGUUAUUAUGCCGGAUAUCUAGGUUCUUCUUUCAUGUUGGGAAGAGCUUUGACCUCUAUUCUUUGGGGGAUAAUUGCUGAUCGUUAUGGUCGAAAGCCAGUUGUUGUGAUUGGCACAAUUACAGUGCUUAUAUUCAAUACACUCUUUGGCCUUAGUACCAAUUAUUGGAUGGCUAUAGUUACAAGGUUCCUUAUAGGCAGUUUGUGCGGGAUAAUAGGCACAAUGCGGGCUUAUGCUUCUGAAAUUUGCCGAAAAGAGUACCACGCUUUGGGGAUAUCCGCUGUAAGCACAUCAUGGGGGAUAGGCUUGGUGAUUGGUCCUGCUAUUGGAGGUUAUCUUGCACAGCCUGCAGAAAAAUAUCCAAGCAUAUUUUCCAAAGAAUCCCUUUUUGGGAGAUUCCCAUAUUUUUUACCUUGUCUUUUGAUAUCAGUCUUUGCAUUAGCUGCAACAGUAAUGUCCUGUUGGCUUCCGGAAACACUUCACAAGCAUAACAAAAUAAAGAAAGAUAAAAAUAACUUUCAAGAUGCUGUUGAAGGAACUUCAGAUGAAUCAAAUGGCUUAAAUGUGUCUCAGAACACAAACCAUUCUGAACGCAUAGCCCCUAGUUCUCAAAAAAGCCUUCUGAAGAAUUGGCCCUUAGUGUCUUCUAUUAUUGUCUACUGUGUAUUUCAGCUCCACGAUAUAGCCUAUUUGGAGAUAUUUUCACUCUGGGCUGUUAGUCCAAGGACCCUUGGGGGUUUAAGCUUCACAACUUCUGAUGUUGGACAAGUUCUUGCCAUCACAGGCCUUGGUUUGCUACUCUUUCAGCUGCUUGUUUAUCCACUGGUGGAAAGGAUUACUGGGCCUGUCAUGAUUUCUCGGAUCGGCGCAGUUUUAAGCAUACCAUUGUUGGCUAGCUACCCAUAUAUAGCUUUAUUAACUGGUUUUGGCCUCUCCAUAGCUCUCAGCUGUGCAUCUAUGUUAAAGAAUAUUCUCUCGGUAUCAAUUACAACUGGCUUACUAAUCAUGCAGAAUAGAGCUGUGUCCCAGGAUCAAAGAGGAGCUGCAAAUGGCAUUUCGAUGUCCUCAAUGUCUCUUUUCAAGACAAUUGGCCCUGCAGCCGGGGGCUCAUUAUUGUCCUGGUCACAACGGCGUCAAGAUGCUGAUAUUCUGCCUGGUGAUCAGUUGGUGUUCUUUGCUCUCAACGCCAUUGAGUUGCUCGGCCUACUUCUGACCCUCAGACCCUUUCUGCAAGAACCUGAAGACAGCGAUAAUAUUCCAAAAUCAAAACACAACUCUUUGGAUCAAGAAAAUGGAAUGCAAGAGAGGCUUGUUAACACGGAAUUACCCUGAAGUACCAACAUUACAAGUUAGAUGAAUAUCAUCUUCAAAGAGUUGAACUAAAGCUCGUGAACAAAUUCUCUCAGGAUGAUUGAUUGUAAACCUUAAUAUCCACCAUAAUACAGAUUUAUGUAUGUAAUGUAAUGGAGAGUGAAAGUUGCAGUUUUUAGGUGUAUCUUAGAAAAAUAAAUAAAUGAAUGUUUUUGAGCCUUAUAAAUU